AAACAGGGGCGGACUGACAACUCAUGGGGCCCCCGGGCAAUAGGGGAUCAUGGGGCCCCUGUGUCCUUGCCCAAACUCAAAAAAGCCUAUGAAAAAGGUACCAGGGGCAUCUCAUGGGGCCCCCUACUGACCGAGUUUCCAAAUGGUCAGUCCGCCCCUGGUUGUAAACCCUCACAUAUACCCAGUGAAGUGAACUAUCCUCAGGUGAUACACAGAGAUGAAACAAAUCUUCCUGCAAACGUACCUUUUUAUCUACAGUCUUCUCUACAUUCGUUCAAAGUCAAGAAUUUUAAUUUAUUUUAUUUCUGAAAAGAAGCU